UCGCGGGAACUGCAUUCAAAAAGCCCUGGCGCUUACCCGGGAGCUGGCCGAGUGAAUGGGCCGGCGUCUCUCUAGUGAAGUGGAAUUAACGUCCACUAAUCUGGACGGUCUGAAAUUAUUAGCCGCCAGUUGCCGCAGCAGGGGAGCGGGUGUGGAGAAAGUAGGCUAAAAACAGGGAAAAAAAUAUGGAGCCAGAUAUAGUUACAAAUCUUCGAUGCAAGCUCAAAGAGGCUGAAGAAGAGCGACUAAAAGCUGCACAGUAUGGUUUGCAACUAGUGGAGAGCCAAAAUGAACUGCAGAAUCAAUUGGAUAAAUGUCAUAAUGAAAUGAUGACCAUGACUGAGAAUUAUGAACAAGAAAAAUAUACUCUUCAGAGAGAAGUAGAACUCAAGAGUCGAAUGUUGGAAAGUUUGAGCUGUGAAUGUGAAGCUAUUAAACAACAACAAAAAAUAGACCUGGAGAAAUUAGAAGAACAACUAAACAGAAGCCAUGGACAGGAAGUGAAUGAACUAAAAGAUAAGAUAGAAAAAUUAAAAGUAGAAUUAGAUGAAGCUAGGCUUAGUGAAAAGCAGCUGAAGCACCAAGUAGAUCAUCAAAAGGAACUCCUGUCUUAUAAAUCAGAGGAACUACGGACAAUGUCUGAGCGCGUUCACGAGAGCAUGUCUUCAGAGAUGCUGGCUCUUCAAAUUGAACUGACAGAAACGGAGAGUAUGAAGGCUGCCCUCAAAGAAGAAGUGAAUGAACUACAAUACAGACAAGAACAGCUAGAAUGUCUGAAUACUAACUUAAUGCGCCAGGUGGACCGGCUCAAAGAAGAAAAAGAAGAGCGAGAAAAAGAAGCAGUUUCUUACUGUAAUGCCCUGGAGAAAGCUCGUGUAGCAAGUCAAGAUCUUCAGGUACAGUUGGACCAGGCACUCCAGCGAGACUUGGAUCCCAAUAGUAAAGGCAACUCUUUGUUUGCAGAGGUGGAAGAUCAAAGGGCCGCAAUGGAACGUCAGUUUAUCAGUAUGAAAGUCAAGUAUCAGUCGCUAAAGAAGCAGAAUGUAUUUAAUAGAGAACAGAUGCAAAGAAUGAAGUUACAAAUCGCCACAUUGCUACAAAUGAAAGGGUCUCAGACUGAAUUUGAGCAGCAAGAACGGUUGCUUGCCAUGUUGGAGCAGAAGAAUGGUGAAAUAAAACAUCUUUUAGGAGAAAUUAGAAAUCUGGAGAAAUUUAAGAAUUUAUAUGAAAAUAUGGAAUCUAAGCCUUCAGCCAGCUCUGGUGCUCUGGAAGAUAACACCUAUUAUACAGAUUUACUUCAGAUAAAACUUGAUAACUUAAACAAAGAAAAUGAAAGCACUAAAGGGGAAUUGUCCAUACAGCGAAUGAAAGCAUUAUUUGAGAGCCAACGGGCUCUGGAUAUUGAACGAAAACUUUUUGAAAAUGAAAGAUGCCUCCAGCUUUCAGAAAGUGAAAAUAUGAAACUGAGAGCUAAACUAGAUGAAUUAAAACUGAAGUAUGAACCUGAAGAGACAACUGAAGUACCUGUACUCAAAAAGAGGCGUGAGGUGCUGCCUGUGGAUGUAACCACCUCUAAAGAUGGAUGUGCCAACAACAGUGUUGUCGCAGAAGUUGAUGGAUUACCGCUUCAGAAAGAGGAGACACAGUCCUGUCCUAACAAUUUAGAAAAUAACAGCUUGCAGUUAGAAAAAUCGAUUUCUAUAAACACACCACUAGUCAAUCUCCUUCCUCACAAAAAUCUGCCCAUGGAUGUGCCAUUAAGGAAGGAAAAGAAAUGUGUGAAACUCAUAGGAGUUCCAGCUGACUCUGAAGCCUUAAAUGAAAGAAGUGGAAACACCCCCGACUCUCCCAGGUCAGUGUCCUCUUUUCUGCAAGGCAACCAGCAGACCUCUCCGUCUCUCCUCUCUAGCUGUAUUAACUGUGCUAUCUAUUUCUUUGUCUAUUUUCUUAGUAUUGCAUGCAGCGUAAUCCCCCAGUUUCAUCUGCCUGCCUUUAACUUUUCCAAAACUUUCAGAAAGACUAAAAUGAUUGCAAGGGGAAAGGAUUCUUGAAUAAAGGAACCAUUUUAAAAGCUACACAUUUCUGUGUUAUGAAACAUAUCACAGUCUAUCCAUCUCUGAAUGUUUUGUCAGUUUGAAUAAAUGUGCUGUUAUUUUUCUCCUGGUUCAAGAGUGGCCAUGAAAGAAAAAUUAACUUACCUUCUUAAAGGUACUCUUACAGUAGUCUUAAGAAAUUUCAGCCCUCUAGAAAAGUUAGGUGAAAUUUUUAUGGCUUUUGAAAUUGUUUAUCCUAAGCCUUCAAGAAUGGUCUUUGAGACAUAUUUUGACAUUUUAAAAUGUCAAAGCUAAUUCAUUUUCAUUGUUUCCAAAGCUUGAAAGUCUCCAGUUUCUGCAUAAUUGAGUUUUUGACUAAAAGAAGUGUCAGACAUGUGUGCCUGAAGGAAUUAAUGUUCCAAGGGACUUGUCCUUUAAAAAAAUAAAAAUAAUGGAGGUCAGAAGGUAAGAGAAAGUGAGUAGAAGGGGAAGGUAGGUAACAGUGGCUGAGGCUAGGAUUCCAAAUGUGCACAAUAGGACCAAGAGUGGGGUAGGAAAAGAAGUAUAUGAGGAAAAUGGAGAAAGUAAAAGAAAGAUGAAAGAUGUAGGAUGUCUGCAUGCAAUGGGAUGAUAGAUGCAUUUAUAAUAAAUGUCUUUAAAUAUUUAAAAAAGUAAGGAUAUUGCUGUGAUGGUAGCUGGCUUGGAUUGUCUCCUAUGAAAUGCUAUCUUUGAGAUGCUACUAGGGCUACAUGAGUGGAAGAGGAGUACAAAAUAAGACAUUUUACUAAUGUGCAUUUGAGUAGAAAGAGUAUGAUACAGCCCACCUUAUGUAAAUGGGCUUCCUAUGUUUUAUCUGAUUUCUCUUCAAGUCUUCAGUGCUACUAAAUGUAGUAUUCAACAAAGAAAGCACUUCAAUGAUAUUUAGCUGCUAUUAUUAUUAUAAGGAAGAGUAAUUUAUUACUCUCCUUGAAUUUUCAUAUAAUGUUACAACCUGCAAGUUACAUAAAAUUAAAGCCUGAUACUGUUAAGGAAAAGUAACUGCAAAUGAAUGAUAUCUGCCACAUACACAUGAUUCUAAAUAGUUCUGAAAUGAAUUCAGUGGGUUAUGCCUGUUUAUAUGUGAUUCGUUGUGUGAAUGUGCUAUAGCAGUAUGUAUUUCUGCAGGUGAUUUCCGGACUUGAUUAGCACCAACCUUGCUAUCUGUGUGGUCUUCAUUUCUUUUUCUGCCUCUUUUUGCUUGAUAAAAAUUACUUAAGCAAUGUAUGUAGCUAUUGUUUGACUC